UUAAAUCCUGACUUGAGAAAAGCGCAAAUAUCCGAGCAGGACUCUGUGCUGGUAUGCUGCCACUCCAACCAACGGAUCGAGUGCGUAAUGCUGAGCCAGUGCCCUACGAUUUUCUGCUGAAUCUUGGAAUAGCGCGUGGUAUUUAGGAAAAUCCAGGAAUAUUUUGCUGGUCGCUCGGGAGGAUGAACUGGAAUUCCGCUGUUUGGCUCUCUCCACUUUGGGGCUGAUUUCGCUUCACAUCUUGAUCAUGUCUCCAGUCUACUCACCCCCCAAAUACACCACUGGCUCCACCCUCUUAAGUCCGUACAGUUCCUAUGACCCCUGCGAUCCCACGCUGGGAUAUAUUGUCCGAGGUCAACCUCAGCUUUCCAGGUAUGCUCCUUCCACCUCCCGCUACCUGAACCCCAGCCCUUGCCUCGCCCGAGGCGUCCUGUUCUUUCCCCAGGAGCCUGAACAUGGGCGAGCUGCACCCCAUUCAGAGCCCCACAUCGGACGCCGGAGUGAAAGCUACAGUAGGAUGCAGGUUAAAAGUCAGAUUCCCAGAAUUAAUGGGCAGAGGGGCCGUUCACCAUCAAGGACUGGAUAUAGCUGCACAUCACCCCUGUCAAGGCAGCGCAGGUCGGUCAGUCAGUCAGACCUGAUGCGGGAGCUGGCCACACUGGAGAUCUGUGACCAAGGAGCAGUGAAGAGAGGAGUGUACACAGUCAAAGAGAGCACGAUCAGGGGACGAACAGAUUACUCAGGGCCUCUCUACUGGAGCUCAGAGAACUCAAAGAAUGCUCAGGGUCUGGUGGGCCUCAGGAAUCUGGGAAAUACUUGUUUCAUGAACUCCAUUCUGCAGUGUCUGAGCAACACUCAUGACCUGAGGGACUACUGUCUGCGUAACACACACCGCACUGACCUCAACAACAACUGCAGGGCCAAAGCUGCGCUGAUGGAGGGUAAGAGACACGUUUACCAGUUCAUAUAGU